AUGUACGCUCAACAGCAUAGCAGCAACAAGCGACCCGCCGCACCGCAGCGCUCAGACACGCUCAAACCAAGUAAACAAGCCACAGCAUUCAGUACAAUGGCCAUCCCCAGCUCCGCUGCUUCUCAAGUCACGCGUUCCGACACGUUUCUCCAAUCAUCGCUCGAUGAUACCGGUCCAGGCUCGGAUGAGCGUCUGCCGCGGUUGUCCAUGUCCUCCACCCGAAGCGGCUCCACCAACGAGCUCAAGACCCCCGAGAGCCUGCAUCAGUCUUGGCCGUACGAUGUCCAAGCCGACUCUCCGCCAGCAUCGCUGCAAACCUCGUCGGCUGCAGCUCGCGUCUCGCAUGCCGACGAUCACCAGCGCAAGCCGUCGCACAACGAUGCGCAACACGUCUCUACCCACUCCACCGAUCCGGCAAUGCACAUACCUCUACGCUCGCCAGAGUUGGAUGCCGCUUUGGUACAGCUCGAUACGCUCGCGCUUCAGCAUCCUACCCAACUCGAACGCCUCUCUUCUGCUGCCAUCAACGCCACAUCAAAGCGCUCUACGCUUUCAGACGAAUCUUGGCCAAACACAGCCACGCAGUCUCGUACUGAGUCGCAACGCUCGCACCUUUUGUCGCAUCGUGACGCAUUGCCGCUAGUGGCCGCGGCGACCGAAUCAAACCAAGCCCAUCGGUCGCCCAGCCUUGACGCAGAUCUUCCGAAUCGUGCGAGCAUGACCAGCCCAGACUCGUGGCGCUCGCUGCUGCCAGAGCAUGACCCUUACUUUGCCUCUGAGGGCCAGUUGCGCGCCACGCAGCUUGGGCCUUCCGCCUCGCCGCAAAACAUCCAUGCUUCUCCGAGUGCAUUCGACAUUGAUACCUACGCGGCAGCCAAGGCAUCGUCGCCUGUAAUCAACCACGACGGCAUGUCUUGUUCGUCGUUCGACACCACUCGCACCUCGUUCAGCAGCAACGUGAGCGGCUUCUCGGCCAGGUCCACGUCGGGCCUCUACCGAUCCUCGACGCAGAGUCAGCACUCGGCGAGAUCGGACAGCUGGAGAAGCCUGCUGCCGCACGACGAUCGAUUUCACGCGUCUGGCGAUGCGAAUGCGGCGUUCAUGUCGCAAGGCUUGAGCGCAUCGCCCAACCUGGCAUCUCGGUCGCUUUCGGAUCAUCUCGAUUCUCCCAGUUUGUUCGAUGGCCACAAUCAUCGUGCGGCCUUUUUCGCACUCGAUGCACCACGAUCGAGCUACACCGUGUCUGUGGGCGAUGUCGACUCGGCUGCUCGUCGACACGCUAGCUUUUCGAGCGUUGAGCCUAACCACUCGAAGCAGUUUGCGGCGACGCGUAUCAUGCUCACCUCGAUGCGCCACACGGCUGGCAGCAACUUGGAAUGUACCAAGCCGAGUUCAGAAACGGAAAGCUCUCAGGCUUGCGCGCUCUCGGACGCAUCGUCGUUGUCUUGGCGCUUGUCGCGUACCGCCGACGACUCGCUCGAGGGAGCCGACAUGACGCCUGAGCUUUCUCAGUCAACGGCUGCGGCUGACGUUGACGAUGCCAACGAGCGCGACCAUUGGCCCACCAGUCGGAGCGGUCGAUCGGUCAGGCACGGUAGCAGCUCACCCACCUCGUCUGGUCCGCUGACGCCCGAGACAGGGCAGACGCCUCGAGCCAAGUCGUUGAUGACGGCUGUGUUGGACGAGGCGAGAGCAGAAGCUCGAGACGCGACGAGCGCUUUGCUUGUUUCCGAGACGUCGGACAGCGUUGUCAAGGCAACGCAGGACGGCGUGAUGGCCACCACGACGACCACCAAUCCAACGACGACAACGACCACUGCUACACGCACACAGCUACUUUGCGAUACGACAGCUGCGGCUUGCGCUGUGUCCAAGGCACGAUCCGAAGCAGGCGGCGAUAACGGUGGCGCUAUGUCUGCCUGGCUUGAGCAAGACACGGAGGAUGACAUGCUGCAGAGUCAGCCGAACAAGGGACGAACGUCGUCGUGCAGCAUUUCGACGCCGAUCAGUCCGCCAUCGCUGCCGUUCUUGGAGCGUAGACCUGCGCCUCCUGAAACGGACCUGGUAAUCGAGACGGAGCGCACGCGAUACACGCUCGUGACACGUCUACCUGGAUUUUCGCUGGACUGCAUCACGCUUGCUACCAAACAGCACGCGCACCACCGCACACUGCACAUUGUAGCCGACAAGUGGGACACGGAAGGUGGCGGACACUUUGAGCGCCGCAUUACGUUUCCCGACAAGGAGUGCGACCUGAUCAACGUCAAGGCUGAAUUUGACGGCAACACGCUGCGAGUCUAUGUGCCGCGCAAGCUUGCAACCAACCGGUUCAGCUCGGCCAGCAGCGCCACGUUCUAG